AUGGUUGGAGUGGUUCAAGGGAUGCCUAUUGAUAUUCUUAUAGACAGCGGUGCUUUAGACGUGUCUCUUAUUUCAUCCUCCGUUAUUAAUCAUUUAUCAUGUUCUAUGAAACCAAUAUACCGUGAGUUAAAAGGUGUCGGUCAUACUAUCACUCGAGUAUUUUCUUUUGUAACUCUCUUAAUUGAAUUUGAAGAAAUCACACUUGAAGUUGAUUUAUUAGUUGUACCUAGUGAAAGUAUGAAUGCACCAAUUAUUAUCGGUACAGACGUACUUAAUCGUGAAGGCGUGAUGUAUGUGCGUACCAAAUAUUACCAGCGUUUAACUUGUAGUGCAGCAAAAGUGUCGGCUAUAGAAGCGAAUGAGCAUCCUAUCAAGACCUCAUUGAUCGGGAACGAUUAUGAAAAGCUUCAAAUAAUUUUGAAGAAAUUCUCAAACUUCAUGAUUACUGGAGUUGCUACGUCAACUGUAACUACAGGUGCAGACCACUCAGAUGAGUUAAUGACCUCCUCAUAUGCAGAUGAUAUGGAUGUUGAUAUUGCUGGAACUCGAAACCGUUGCAAUGAAGAAGAUGCCCUUUUUCAGCCUGACGAGGGCGUCAGAAUGUCAGGAGAGGCCGUA